AACGGAAACCAGCUGAGAGAAAGAAGGGUAGAGAAGACAAGAUGGCGGAGUGAGUGGGUUGCGCUUUGUACCGACGGUUGCGACCCUGGAAGUUUGACAAAAUCACCCCCGAAGGACUGAAAAGGUCGAAAAGGACUCGGAACCUUCUAAAGUGUGAUUAAAACGGCGGUUUCUGCCCCUCAUCACCGAGGAGGAACGGACAGGUUUCGCGCCGCGGUCGUCGCGACGGCGUUAGCUCGAUGCUAACGUUAGCCUGCGUUAGCUUUGACUAGCCGAUCGAGCUAGCUGCCGAAGGCCGCAAGCUUUCCGGGCUCAGUUUGGAUGUAAAUACUUCUACUCUGCGGAGGUUUUAUUCGAUGAAGAUUCGCUGUAGGAGGUAGCAUAUGAAUAAAUCAAAUAAAUCCAGAAGAUAUCGAUUAUACAACUUCAGUUGUUCCGUUGGUUAUCGAUAGUUUUGUGUGGAACAGGAGUCGAUAAUUACCUCCAUCAGCUGGACCAACAGGACUCACUCACUAUCCGAUAACAUUCACAGUUCAUCUGGUGGAUAUCAUGGCGAGCAGCAGCGGCUCCAAAGCCGAGUUUAUAGUCGGUGGAAAAUACAAGCUGGUCAGGAAGAUCGGAUCCGGAUCUUUUGGUGACAUUUAUCUGGCUAUUAACAUCACAAAUGGAGAGGAGGUAGCAGUAAAGUUGGAGUCACAGAAAGCCAGGCAUCCACAGCUGUUGUAUGAAAGCAAACUGUACAAAAUCCUGCAGGGAGGAGUCGGGAUCCCGCAUAUCAGGUGGUAUGGACAGGAGAAGGACUAUAAUGUCCUAGUGAUGGACCUGCUGGGACCCAGUCUGGAGGAUCUGUUCAACUUCUGCUCCCGUCGCUUCACCAUGAAGACGGUCCUCAUGCUGGCAGACCAGAUGAUCAGCAGAAUUGAAUAUGUACACACAAAGAACUUCAUCCACAGAGACAUCAAACCAGACAACUUCCUUAUGGGCAUCGGCCGUCAUUGUAACAAGUGUUAUGACUCGUCAGUGGGGAAGAGGAAAAGAAGCUUGGCUGUUAGCUCUUCUCAGGAUCCACCUUUCUCAGGAUUAAACCAGUUGUUCCUUAUUGACUUUGGGUUGGCGAAGAAGUACCGAGAUAACCGAACACGACAGCACAUCCCCUACAGAGAAGACAAAAACCUGACCGGCACUGCACGCUACGCCUCCAUCAACGCACAUCUGGGCAUCGAACAGAGUCGCCGUGACGACAUGGAGUCACUAGGCUACGUGCUGAUGUACUUCAACAGAACCAGUCUGCCCUGGCAGGGUUUAAAGGCUGCAACAAAGAAGCAGAAGUAUGAGAAGAUCUCGGAGAAGAAGAUGUCCACCCCUGUGGAGGUCCUGUGUAAGGGUUUCCCAGCAGAGUUUGCCAUGUAUCUGAACUACUGCCGCGGCCUGCGUUUCGAGGAGGCUCCAGACUACAUGUACCUGCGCCAGCUGUUCCGCAUCCUCUUCAGGACUCUGAACCACCAGUAUGACUACACAUUUGACUGGACCAUGCUGAAACAGAAAGCAGCCCAGCAGGGGGCCUCCUCCGGGGGCCAGGGCCAGCAGGCACAAACCCCCACAGGCAAGCAAACUGACAAACCCAAGCCUAACAUGAAAGGUUUCUGAGGUGUGACUCCACCCACCCUGCCCCCUCCCCCCAAAACCCCCACCCCCCCCUGAGCAGAGGUGCAGCAGUGUUGGUGACCAGGACCAACAGGUGUCUCUUCCUGGCUGAGCGGCAGACGGCGUGUGUGUGUCGAUGUGUGUGCUGAAACGUUCACCUGUAAAUAAAGAAAUCUGCACUCCAAACAAACACAGUGAGAGGCAGGUUGUUUUUGGAUGUGGAGGCUGUAGCCCCCUGAACCCCGCCCCCAGACCCUCCCCUCAGACAAACACUCACCCUCCUCUCCCCUCCAUCCUGUCUCCCUCCUCCCCAAGUGUCUGUUUGGUUUCUAUGGAGACUGAGGUAAGAAGAAAGACAGCUGACACCCUCAACCCUUCCUUAAUGACCCCCCCACCCUCCUCCCCAAAUGUAAGACAUGUUAAACCCUUUUGUUUCUGAAUAAUUGAAUGAUGCAAUCCUGGAUGUUCUUUACUAAAAUCAGAAAUGUUGGAUUUUUUUCUUGUUUUCUUUUGUUUCUAUGGUGAUUAGGAGUUUGCCUGUUGACAAUAUAAGCAGCCGAUGGCAACAGUCGAUGGUAGAAUGACUCUCCCUCUCUCUUUAGAGCUCUCAAUUAUUAUUAAAUCUGUUGUAAAACCUAUGGUCUUCUCCAAAAAUACCAAUAAAAACAUGACAGAACUCGCA